AUGAGCAGCAGCGAAAAAACGCGAAAUUUGAUGCUGAAAAAUGCGUCAUCUUCAUCGUCAUCAUUUUCAUCGCAAGCGCCAUCGAAUCUUGUAAAUAUUAAUGUAUUUAAGGGAACUAGUAUGAGAACAGCUCUCGAAUCGCAAAAUCAUCCUACUAAUUUUGUAGCUACGAGUUCGGAUUUUGAUAAUUCGAUUAUUGUGACGUGUCCCGGAGUUCCGGAAGAUAGACAUGAGGUAUUUGACAUCAAACAUAUUGAUUUAGCCCAACUCUCCAUUUUUCUUUUCUAGAAAUCCCAAUCUUCUAUAAAACCGCCGGAAAAUAUCAGAUCUCGAAAAGUCACGCCGUCAAACAUCGCUGGAAAUAACACAACUGUAUUUAUACCUAAUGUAGAUAAUAUUGCAAAUAACCCUUUUAUUGUGACUUGUCCUUCUAUUUAUUGA